UCUGCGUAGUGCCUUGUUGACAGUGAUAUUUAUUUCUCGAUUUUCGCGUUGGCCAGAGGAAGAGGAUUCUUGUCGUUCCCCAAAUUCUUUUUCGGAAUAUUGAGUAUCUCGUUGGUUCAAAUGGGGGAUCCCGAGAAAUCGAAUUUACCGGGGCCAGGGGAUACUGCUGUGCAAAAUUGUGGAGUAACCGGCAAAGCCAAUGAUGUGGGACAUUUGAAUAGUCGCACCAGGCGGAAAUUGCAGGAGAUCAAAUACGAGAUGAUGAGUGGACAUCCUCAGGCCGUAGCGAGAUACAGAUUCAUGUUAAUAAUCGGAUUCACUGCGGUAAUUCUGGCUUCGAUUUUCGUCGGCUCAGUCAUCUACACGUCAUUUCAAACAGAAGUGAUUCCCACGUCACCAGACCCCCCGCCGCCGACCAUCGACUCCGAUUACGACCUCUCUGAGUUGCCCGAGGUGUUCACCAGCGUCGUCUACCGAAAAAUCGACCCGAACCUCAUCUACAACAUGAUCGUAAAUGACCCAAAAAAUCGGCGUCGCCGAUCCGCCGAGGACGCAAAAGAGAAUGAAAUUGAAUCCGGGGAGCGGGACACGGAGAAUCGCCCGACAGAAUACAUCACUCAGAAGUCAACCUGUAAAGCACGCUUCGACGCCUGUCAAUCCAUCCUCAAUAACAUGCAGGCAUUGACAUCGACCGCAAGUGAGAGUAUAGAUACCUUGAAGGGUCUUUUGUCCUCUAUAAAUAAGCCCAACGGUGCCCUCUCCGAGUUUCUUCAAUGUAUCGAGUGCCAAAAUCUGAAGAAAUCGAGAGUCUCUAAUAAUAAUUCACUUGCUUUGCUGGAGACGUCCCAGAAUUCUUCGAGCUCGGUGAUCCAGAGGGCGGACGGUCGGCCGUUCCAGCCACCUCUCGAUAUUAAAAUCGUUCAAAAUUCUGCUGGAGGGAAUCUCAGUGGGGGAGUCAACAGAACGAUCGCCACUAAUUUAACGGAACUCCCGGAUGAGGUCCCCGGGACUGCGAAGGACACGACAAUUCACGGGGUACCGAUCGUUCAGGAAUCGUCGGAGGAAGUGGUUCGAGAAGCGAAAUCAGAUGGCCCAGUGAAGUACCAUUUUCCGCUGCUGCCGACCGCUAGAUCCCGCGAUUAUCCGUCCGCUUUCCCGAGCGAAGUUCGCACCGCAGAGCGUCCCGAAGUGCUGUCAGUCCAGGGACCCGCACUGAUGGGUAAUUUUCCCAAGACGAUGCAGGUACAGUUCCGGCCAAAUGAACAUUACGAGACCAAUCCCCCGGUAAUUCCAACAGCGGAAACUGUCAAAACGGGUCAGCAAGUUCAGAUAAAUCCUCAGAUGCCCUUCACCAAAGGUACCGUCUGCUAUUACGGUUAUCCCCCGGUCCAAGUACCUACGGGAGUGCAGGUUCCCCUGGGUUUUCUCCAGCCCUCAGCCGUUCCAUAUCCGUCUGGCGCCGGUCAAUACCAAGGGCCUGUUCAGUAUCCCCCGAGGGGUUUCACCUCACCGGGACAAGGAUUCCCCAGUUUUCAAUCAGCAGCCGUACAAAAUGGACCGUAUGGUGCCGCCCAAAUUAAUCCUGGAGGGCAUCCCGGCAUCUGGAUGCCACCCACGGGCCCUGGGCAGGGGUUUCCGCGGGCUGGUCCCCAAGCGCAGUCAUAUUACUGCAUCUUUACGCCACCAACCGGUGCUCAAUUCCCUGGAGCCCCCAACAUUCAGAGAAAUUCAGAUGCUGGUAGAGCCAAUUCUGAGAAUCUGGUGGGCGACGCGGGACGUGGUGGGAAGGAGUGGUAUGAUAAUAGUGUAUACUCAGGAUACCCUAAACAAUGUAGACAAGAUCAGCAUUUGUGCAUGGACGGUAGCAUAUGCAUCUCAAAGCUGGAGUGGUGCGACGGGCGUAUCAACUGUCCGGAUGCCAGUGACGAGAUGAGAUGUUCCUGUCAGGAUAGGAUCAAUAAAGAUAAACUCUGCGAUGGGUACUUUGACUGCCCCCGCGGUGAAGAUGAACUCGGCUGUUUCGGAUGUCCACCGGACUCGUUCAGUUGCCAGGACUGGAGCAGACGCUUCAGACGGGAAAACUGUGUUCCCAUGACACAGAGAUGCGACGGGAUUCCCCAAUGUCCGAACAGUAGGGACGAAGUUGAGUGCACCAUGCUGACUCAAUCAAUGGCCAAUGAUCAAGAUGUCUUUCUCACUGGUUACUUAACCGGGUUCCUCCACAAAAAUCACAAAGGAAAAUGGUACCCGGUCUGCGUGGCAUCCCAGCAAUGGGCCAUUGACGCUUGUGCUGCUGAAACAGGCACCUUAAUCAGAGAACUCCCGAAGAUCGAGGCCAAGAUAAUUCCCCAGGGCAUGAACCACGGCCCCUACCUCGCAGUGACGCCGACAAACGAAGCGGAGCUUAUACCAAGCUGUAACAAUCAAGCACUCUUCGUCGAGUGUCCACCAAUUCCCUGUGGUACUCGAGUUAUGUCUGAAGAUCGUUACCGGCCUUUUGGAAUGUACGAGGAUUCACUCGUCGCAUCUGGAAUCAACGGGAGUGCGCCGACUUCUGAUGAUUACACGACCGCAAUGAUUCAGAAAUUGAGGGAAGCUAUGAACGCUCUGGGCAAGGAGGACUCGAAAUCCGAAAAGUGUAGAACUACUCGUGGAGUACUUGAAGAUCUCAGAGCUGUUUCCAAUUUAAGACAGUCGUUGCCUGAUGCGACGGAUAUGGCUGAGUACAGGGCCAAAGUGAUCCAGGAGUUGAAUGAGACUCUCCAUGCUUUGGUCGAGGAACAGAAGAUGAAGUAUUUGGUGACUACUCAGGGCCCUUUGGACAGAUUGGGGAAGGAAUACCAGGCGGGUGUUCGCACUUUGAACAAGGAGAACCCGACCACCGAAAGGGGUAAUGCGAUGACUGAUAGAUUGCCUUCAGACUUUAGGAUCGUUGGAGGAAGAACCAGUCAGCCUCAGGCCUGGCCGUUCCUCGUGGCUGUGUACAAGGAUGGAUACUUCCACUGUGGGGCCGUUAUCCUGGAUGAACAUUGGAUCAUGACUGCUGCACAUUGUGUUGAUGGAUACAAGACACAUUAUUAUGAGAUCCAGGCCGGUUUACUGCGUCGAUAUUCCUACUCUCCAAUGGCUCAAUCGCGUCGGGCUCGUUACAUCGUCCCUCAUCCGGCUUAUAAUAGAGCAACUAUGGCCAAUGAUAUCGCACUUAUUAAAUUGAACGAACCUUUACGCUUCAAUCGCUGGAUCCGACCGACUUGUCUGCCUCAAGAUAUGUGGAAUUUCGAUCCAACACCUCAGACUACUUGCAUUACGAUUGGAUGGGGUGCUACGGUGGAGCAUGGACCUGAUCCUGACGAUUUGAGAGAAGUUGAAGUCCCAAUUCUUCCUGAAUGCAAACACGACGUGGACAGAACCGAUGGCGAAAUUUGCGCUGGAGUAUCCCAGGGAGGCAAGGAUGCAUGCCAAGGUGAUAGCGGCGGUCCUCUCAUGUGCAAAUAUCCCAGAUCCGACAAUCAAUGGUACGCCGCUGGUGUUGUAAGCCAUGGUGAAGGUUGUGGACGUGAAAAUGAACCCGGAGUGUACACCAGAGUCAGCAAACACAAGAAGUGGAUCGAUGACGUCAGGACUUCCUUCAUCCCCCCAUCCGAAGUGCAAACAUUCCCAUGCCCCGGUUUCGUCUGCAACGGAGGCCUCGGUAAAUGCCUCCCCGCUAACCGUCGAUGCAACGGCAUCGUCGACUGCCUCGAUGCAGACGACGAGCUCAACUGUCCUAACCCAUCCGCUUUCCUUCACUUACGAAAUUCCCAGAACUCUCCCCAAACCCCCGUCAACUCCCACACCAACAGCUAUAAUCCCUCCCCCAGAAUCUCCGUCAUCGAAGUAUUCCCCGAACCCUCGUCAAUCGCCCCUCCAACCCCCCCGCCGCAGCCGUCCUCCACAUCCCCUAGAGCCCCUCCACCACAGCCAUCAUUCCCAUCCCCCACUCCCACUCCUCCGCAAACGACCCCUAGAAUGGAACCAAACGAAAAUACAACAAAACUCCCAACACCUUCAUCAUUCCCUACCACACGAGUCACUAGCCCCCCGCCUACUUUCCGUCCCGAAAUCUUCGACGGUUCAUCACACUUCAGAUGCACCAAAAUGCCUCAAACCAUUCCCCUCCACAAGCGUUGCGACAAAACCAUCGACUGCGAGGACGGUACCGACGAGGAGAGCUGCACCUGCCGAGACAUCCUCUUGAUCAAUAUGCCCUCAGCGAUCUGCGAUGGUCACCUCGAUUGCUACGACGGAACCGACGAGAAGAACUGCACCUUAUGCCAGGAUGAUCAGUUCGUCUGCAGUAGAAGUGGUGCCUGCAUCCCGAAGUUCCAAGUCUGCGACACGGAAACUCAAUGCCCCCUGAAGGAAGACGAAUUCGACUGCUUCACCCUGAGCAACAAUGACCGCAUCGUCUACGACCUUGAAAAUCGUACGUAUCUGAACCAAGAAGGUGUUGUGACCAGAAUCACUAAUGGAGUCUGGAGGCCAGUUUGCUCCACCUACGAUGCAGAAGGUUCACGCGACAUAGCCGCAAACAUUUGUUUCUACCUGGGUCUGAAGGGUUACGAGUCCGUGAAGAACGUCACAGUUAUGAACGAACCUCUGACGUUUGUGCACUCAACACCAAAUAAUUUGAUCCCCUACAAAUAUCCCGAGGUGUUGAUGCCCCCAAAGAACGACUCCAAGACCUGUCAGGGAUUAUACGUGAAAUGUCAGACAGCUUUGACGAGUUCGGUGGAGUCUCACAGGGUUGAGCAUGUUCGUAACAAUCCUGUGAACACGAGUUAUCUGCUUCCCUGGGAGGCAGCUGUGUUCGUAGACGGUCGUUAUCACUGUCCGGGGGUCCUGUUGGAGCACGCCUGGGUGCUGACGAGUCCCAGAUGUACGCAGAAUCUCGACCUGAGGAGCAAUUAUACUACUGUGGUUGUGGGACUGUCGCCAACCUUUCGGUACGCGGAUGGACCUCACCAGCAGGUGGUGAAGGUGAGCUCUGUGAGGCCUGUUGAUCCCAAACGAUCGGAAGCUUCGCUGCUUCAUUUGAAGACUCCUGUCAAUAUGACAAGGGGCGUCAAGCCAGUCUUCUACGAUAAGCUGAUCUUCCCUUCGAGUGAUGAUGAUGAGUGCGUUGCAUUGGGGACUGAUGACAAGUUUGAAAGCAGGAAAACUUUCUUCAAGCCGGUUACCGAGGGCUGUGCUAAUUGUCACAGGUGCUUUGUCAAUGGCACCAGCGAAUUUUGUAGGAAAAAUGAGACUCAGAGUUGGGACGGAGUUGUCGUUUGCAGGGGGAAGGGUGGGUGGUAUCCAACUGCUGUCUUUCAGGAUAAAGACAUGAUGUGCGGGUUCAAGACACCUCAGACUCUGACCAGCAUUGAUUACUACAAUUCGUAUAUCACUCAGGCAAUGGAUAGGAAGAUUGAUGCUGUGCAGGCGCCAGAGUGUGAGGGGUUGAGGUGUGACAUCGGCAAUUGCGUACCUUGGGGGAAGAUUUGCGAUGGUGUUGAGGACUGCAGGGAUGGGGAGGACGAGGCCCACGGGAGGUGUGAGCUGAGGAGGGUGAACUGUGAGAGAUCGGGGGGCAUUGGGUGCACUUGCGGAAUGACGGAGUUGAGGUGCAGGACUGGACAGUGUGUGGGAAAGGAGAAAUUCUGUGAUGGCACUCGUGACUGCUUGGAUGGAAGUGAUGAGCCAGAGAAUUGCUCUUGCGGGGAGUAUCUCAAGUUGACGAUGCCCAGGCAGGUCUGCGAUAAUGUUCGACAUUGUUGGGAUAAGACGGAUGAGACUGAUGAGGAGUGCUUGUGCAAGGAUUCGAGUUUCCAAUGUUAUAAUAACACAAUACAAAAUGGCCCUUGCGUACCACCCGAUUUCGUUUGUGAUGGUUACAACGACUGCGAGAAUGCUGCAGACGAGAUGAACUGCAGAACAAUCAAGGGACAUCGAGACGAUCCGAAGGGCGUGGGGCAGGUACUCAAACGCUCUUCUGGGGUCUGGCACUCGGAGUGUUUCCCCUCUCCCAUUGAAUCCACAGAGGAAGCGGUCAAAAUCUGUCGCAGUAUGGAUUACCUCGACGGCGCUAUUUUGUCACGGAGUGAGAUCGCAAAGUACGGUGACGCAUUAGUCCCGUCUUUCGACGGUUUCUUCAUGGUUACUCUGAACAGUAACAAGACGGUGCACAUGAGAGCAAAUAGGCCACUGGUCAGCCUUCAAACUGCGAAAAACGUCUGUCAUCGCGCCUUCGUCAGAUGCUCCUCCGAAAUUCCUAAGUGAGGGGUAAUGUGUCCUUAAAAAUUUCACGUGUUAAUUUUUUCCUCGCCCAUUUAUCCACAUUUCUAUGUUUAUUUAUUCAUUCAUCUCUUGAAAAUUGAACUCCGAUGUUCACAAUUUCCAUAACUUUCUCCGAAAUGAAAAAUUUUUCCAAGAAAUUCAGUAUCUACGAAUCAGAGAAUGCGAUAUCCACUUCGAAAGUUCAAUCCAAUGAUUUUUCGAACCUCUGAGAACCGUUAAGAAUAUUUCUUCAACUAUGAAUGAAACUCCGUCCUGGCGAUAGAAACCGAAAAUCUAAUAAAAAUCCUUCUAAUCAAUGAUUAUUGCUAUUAUAAAUAAUAAUAAAGUCAAUUUAUUCCCAAAAAAAAUUAUUAGCGCGUCCACUGAAUAACAAGAAUCAACUCAUUGAAACUAAAAAAAUCUUACAAAAAAAUUAUUCAAGCACCCAUUAUAUUAUUAUAAAUGAAUCAUAAAAUUGAUAAUACAAUUUAGUUAUGAUAUCACGACAUAAUUACCACUGAAAAAUCAAAUGCUGUAAAAAUCUUUAUUUUGCUUAAAUUCAUAAUUUCAUUCUCCAAACAAAUAAUAAAUACUAGAUACAAAAUAUGAACAACAACAAAUAUAAUAAAAUUCCUUUAAUGAAAUAAUUAAAUCAUGCAUUGAACUGAUGUAAUUUUGUUUUUAAAUUCCUCACUCUUAACAUGAUUUCACAAUCGACGUAAUGAUCACACCAUAAUUACCCACUUCACCUCAAAACUCUCAUCAUAACUGAAAACUGUGCAAAAUGCUUAAAAACCCUUCAUCUUUAUUCGAGAUGAACAAUAAAUGAAUAAAUAAAUGAAA